AUGGAACAUAAAGCAUAUUGGGCUCUGAAAUUUCUGAAUUUUGAUGAGAAGGCAUCCAGGGAGCACAGGAAGAUUCAACUGUUGGAGUUGGAAGAAAUGCGACUGACAACUUAUGAAUCUUCAAAACUCUAUAAAGGAAGAGUUAAGGCCUACCACGAUAAAAUGUUGUUGAAGAAAGACUUCAAACCGGGACAACAGGUACUACUUUUUAAUUCAAGAUUGAAAUUAUUUCCUGGUAAGCUGAAAUCUAAAUGGUCUAGACCCUUUGUCAUCAAGAAAGUUCGACCUUAUGGUGCAAUAGAGCCAUAUAACCCACAAUCUCAGGACCCUGACAAAACAUGGGUGGUAAAUGGCCAGAGGUUGAAAUUGUACCAUGGUGGAGAUUUUAAAAAGGCUCACAACACCAUAUAUUUUAUCACCCAUUGA